GAGGGCAAUGGAGGGUGCCCGCCUACCUGGGGGAACCUGCCGGAGGUGAGGCUGGAACCGCUCGGGAUGCGAGGUGGGCGGGGGCAGGCUGAAAGUUGGAGCAAGCAGGAAGUGAGCCGAGGGCCGCCCGGGAGGAAACAGACUAGGCGAGUUUGCCGCUGACAGGCCUGAGCCGCUUGGAGACAUGGAGGAGGCCAGUGGAGGUGGAGGAAAUGAUCGUGUACGGAACCUGCAGAGUGAGGUGGAAGGAGUCAAGAAUAUCAUGACCCAGAAUGUGGAGCGGAUCCUGGCCCGAGGAGAAAACCUGGACCAUCUCCGCAACAAGACAGAGGAUCUGGAAGCCACAUCGGAGCACUUCAAGACCACGUCACAGAAGGUGGCUCGGAAAUUCUGGUGGAAGAACGUGAAGAUGAUUGUCCUUAUCUGUGUGAUUGUUUUUAUCAUCAUCCUCCUCAUCGUGCUCUUUGCCACCCAUGCCAUCCCAACUUAGGGAGCCCCUCCCCUGCCCCCCGUCUUCCUCUUCAGGGAAGCCCUCCAUAGUGGGUGCCAAGAAGGGCCCUCUCUCCCAUCCUCAGCAGGAAAUGCUGCUCUGUCCUCCCUCCCCUCAUUCUGAGGCCCCGCUGCCAUACUGUCUGCCCCAGGGAGCACCUUGGUCCCCUGGAAGGAGAGAGCCGGACCAUGGCUGCAUUUCAUGGGCUCUCAGAGUUGGUUGGAGAGACACCCAGAAGGCCCAGCAUGUGGCUGGGAAACUGAUGGUGGCCGGUGGGCAAUAAAGACCUUUCAGUAUCUCUACACAUGUGAGGUAAUUUCUCCCCUUCCAUUUUGCCUUUGGCCCUUCUAUUUCUUUUCCCCCUGGGCACGCCUUCUGGCUGAGAUUCUCGUAUUUGAGGUCCAAGUUGUUGGAGGGGUAGAGAGUGUAUAUUUGGAGAAGAAAGAUGGAGCCUCCUCAUUCUUCUCUAUUAUCCACAGGUCUCAAGAAUCAGAAUUUUCUGAGGGUCUCAGCAAAUGGAAAAUUCAAAAUCAUUUUAGGGUGGUGUGCAAGACUCCUAAGUGUCCAUCUUGGGUCUUGCCAUGCUGCAGGAAGCGUUAGCCGAGACAGCCUGAGGGCCUCCUGCCUCUCCUGUCAUUGCCAUCUCUCUUCUGUGGCCCUGUUGCAGUUGAGUGAGGGGUUGGAGGAACCGGGCUGCUUUUCCUUCUCUUUGGUUCUUCAAAGUUCUUUUUUUUUUUUAAGUAAUCUCUACAACCCAUCAUGGGGCUUAUCCUCACAACCCCGAGAUCAAGAGUCUCAUGCUCUUCCGACUGACCCAGCUGGGUGCCCCUGGUUCUACAAAGUUCUAUUUGUCUUUUGUCUGCCCCUGCCCCUUUGGGACUUAGCAGGGCCUCUGGGUCUCAGCUGAGGGGGCGAGCAUCUCUCCCCAUGUCUCGUGGUUGGGCCCAGUCAGUGUCAUAGGACAGGGCCUAUGGCCCUCCUUCCCCUCCAUGUACAAUGGGCCUCUUUGUCUUUGGGCUUCCCUCCUCCCCACCAGGUUCCACCUCAUCGCCACUCUUUCCUCUCUCUUGGUUUGGGGAAAGGGUUCUUGUCAUUUCUGUCCCUAUUUCUCCCCUGGGCUUUCCAGUAUUAAAAAAAACCCAAAAACCUGUUUUGGGGAGGGGGUGUAGAAGGAACAGGUUUGGGAGACAGAAUCUGGGACUCCUACUGGCAAGUCCUGGAAUCAUACUCUGAAAGCCAGGGAGGAAAAAGAAAAAAAAAAAAAAAAGCCCUCUGGGCUGUCUUUGUCCUCCUAGGUCCUCCUAGGUCAGACUACAGCCAUCCUCUCUCCUCAGGCCACUCCUGGACUCAAGGUCCACAGAACUGGGGUGAAACCUCUUCCCUGGGACCCAGAGUGCCCAGGGUGGGGAUGAAGGCUGUCCUCACAGGGGCUCAACCCAAGGAGGGAAGCCCUCAACCUCCUUCCUCAAGAGCAGCCACAGUUGUGUUGGUAGUGGCAGGGGGUGGGGUGGAGAACAGGUGGCUGUGACUUGUUUGCAGCAGUGAGAGGAGAGGGCGAGAACGGGUAGAGUCAGGAAGGCUCUGGAGGGGUGGCCUCGCCCAUCUUCCGAUGGAGGAGCAGGGUCAUAUGAGGGCAGGGCUGCAGCUGCCCUUGUGGUGAAGAGGGAAAUACAGAAAAGCCAGAACUAGCACCUUCUUCGUGGGGGUCCGUUUUCUUUUUUAAGCGAGGCGCCAUUCACACAACAUACAGUGUAUACGUGUACGUACAAUUGUAACACACAGCGGUGCCGUUUCAAAGUAGACAAUUCAGUGGUAGGUAGUGCAUUCACAAUGUUGAUUGUGAAUAAACUUUCUUUCGUUCCAAAA